AAAAAAGUCUCCGCCGAGCGCCCCCGUGAGCGCAGCGCCCGUCCGCCCCGCCCUCCCUUCCCGGCUUCUCGUCCAGUCACCGACCGGCGGCUCAGGGGCCGCGGAGGGAGCAGCGGCGGGCGGCGCGGAGGCGGGGGAGCGCUCGGCUUUCGGCCCCGCUCCUGGCGCCGGGUCCCCGCGGCCGGGCUCCGGGCUCCGGGGAGGCGACGUGGGGCGCGGCCGGCCAGGAAAGCCCCUCUGCGCGCGGCCCGCGGCGGCCGUUCUCCCGGAGGCGGGAGGGAGGCGGACGCGGCCUGGCCCCGACGUCGACGACCGCGCCGCCCGCGGCGGGAAGCGCCUUAUAAAGCCGCCGCCCGGGCCGGCCUGAGCGACUCGGCUCCGCUCCGAGCGCGGGCCGCUCGCAGCAUCCAGGGAGUUCCCGGAGAGACCUGGACGGCCCCCAGCCCUGCACAGACCCGGCCCCGGGCAUACCCCGGACGGACCCCGGCCCCGAACAGACCCGACCCCGGGCAGACCUCGGCGGGCGGGCGGGGGCCGAGGGCGCCCCUGGCGGCGGGGGCAUGCGCGGCGCGCGGCAUGGCCUCGGCGGUGUUUGAGGGCACGUCGCUCGUGAACAUGUUCGUGCGCGGCUGCUGGGUGAACGGCAUCCGCAGGCUCAUCGUGAGCCGGCGCGGCGACGAGGAGGAGUUCUUCGAGAUCCGCACCGAGUGGUCCGACCGCAGCGUGCUCUACCUGCACCGCAGCUUCGCCGACCUGCGCCGCCUGUGGCAGCGCCUCCGCGACGCCUUCCCCGAGGACCGGCCCGAGCUGGCGCGCGGGCCGCUGCGCCAAGGUCUGGUCGCCAUAAAGGAUGCCCAGGACAUAGAGACCAGGCUUAACGAGGUGGAGAAGCUGCUGAAGACCGUCAUAAGCCUGCCCUGCAAGUAUUCUAGGUCAGAAGUUGUGCUCACCUUCUUUGAAAGAUCGCCUCUGGACCAGGUGUUAAAAAAUGAUAACGUACAUAAAAUACAGCCCAGCUUCCAAAGUCCAGUCAAAAUAUCAGAAAUCAUGAGGUCCAAUGGAUUUUGUUUAGCAAAUACAGAAACAAUAGUUAUUGACCACAGUAUACCGAACGGAAAAGACCAGCACCUGGGUGUGGACCCUGCGGAGCAUUUGUUUGAGAACGGCAGCGAGUUCCCCUUAGAGCUGGAGGAUGGGGACGACCCCGCAGCGUACGUCACCAACCUGUCCUAUUACCACCUGGUCCCCUUCGAGACGGACAUUUUGGACUGAGCCUCGCCAUGGGGCCUCCCGCACCUCCGCCUGGACUGCAGCUCCGAUGCUGGCCACCGCACUGGCCCAGCCCUGGACCUCCUGGAGGUCCCGGGCCCCACCGCCAUCCACGCUCGCAAGCUGGGCGUCCUGCAAGUGGAGUAGCAGGGCUUCUGGGGGCUCCGGCUGACCGCAAGGUCUGCAGGGACUAGGGGUUGGGUCACAGAGGUCAUGGGGCCUGUGCUCAGCCAGGUCUUCUCUCUCCGUGUGACCCCACCAGCUUGCUCCUCUGCCUCUGGGCCUUGCUCCCCUGCACUUGGUGCCUACAGGGCUGUGUGCUGCCAGGGUGGGGACAGGCCCUGCUGGGCUCUGCUCUCACUGUCACUGCCUCCUGGGAGGAGCGUCCCUCUUGGCCAGGGGACCCAGGGCUGCCACUGACCACCUGACUCCUCCCCGUUCCCUCACACGUCCAACGCACAAAACGUUUCAGGGGGGAUUUUGAUGAACUGCCACGCCCUGGACGACACAGGAUUCCCUGGGAACCGGGAUUCAGGGCCUUUCUAUUUUGCUUUGCGUUUUCUAUCUGGAAACUGGGUUUGGGUCAACCCAGAGAGGUGUCUACAGAAGGUCACGCUCAAACAGGGAGCGCCGGCUGCAGGGAGAGUGGGAGUCAGUGAGAUCGGUGCCCACCUGAGCUAGGACCAAUAGGUCACGAUUGUCCUCAAGAGGGAAGGAGGCUCAGGCCGGUGCCCGGUGCUGCAGCCACAGCGACCCUGAAAGGAAGGGAGUCUAGAGGGAAACUGAGGCUCCACUGCCCCUAGGGGCGGGUCUGGGUUCUGUGAGCUUCUCUCCUCAGUUUUACUAACGACCAACAUUUGCUAAUGUAAAUAAUAGUAAAUUAUUGAGAAUUCUAAUUCUUUUACACAGUCUUUUUAAUCUAUUUUAAUUAAAUAAAAUCUGUCACUCCACUUUGGUCUCUUUAAGAUGCUUAUGUAAAGAGGUGUGGUUCUUUUUGUCCCCUGCCCAGGGCAGGGGUGGAAACCAAACGCUGACCCCUGGGGCUGGGCCCCUGUGCUCUGCUUGUAAGGUGCUUGUUUAGGAAAUGUGCUGUGUUCUCACCCUAGGGAAUGAUCUGUUCAG